AUGAGACCUCCAGCUGAUGAUCUUAUGCGUGGACCACCCCGUGAUGCUCGUUCUACUCGCGAGAAUGGUUGGCCUAUGGAUAGGCCUGGCCGCAUGCGUGGGACCGGACCCAAUGAUUCGUUCCAUGGCCGCGAUCCCUCUGUGCGGGGAGAGCUGAUGCCUGAUCACAUGGACCGCCCGGUCGACAUUCCUCGACGUGGAGAUCAAUCCAGACCAGAGAAAGAUGAUCGGAGGGCCUAUCCGCCACGCCCUCUAUCGCCACCCAGACCUGCGGACCUGCCGAACCGCCCCGAACGAUUCCCUCCACCCGAUGAUCGCAGACCUGCCGGAUUCCCUCCAUCCUCCCGUAUUGAUGAUCUCCCUAGGGGCCCUCGCACGGAUCGACAAGCUGAUCCGAGGGACGGUGCACCAGGUCCUGAUAUGACUCAUGGCCGGCUUCGGCAGCCGGAGCCUCCAUCUGAGAUUCCUGCUGGCCCUCGAAGACGCGGUGGACGCAACGGUCCUGGACAAGCCCCUCCAAUGCUCAGCUCCAGCAAUGCUACUUUGCCCGCCCCGGAACGCCAGACACCCACAGGCCCUGCCCGACAAACACCCGCCGCUGCUCCCUCAGGCCCUCGCGGAUUAGGCCCACAACAACCACCCCGAGGACCCUCUGCGCAGUCUGCCCAGUCUGGACCGCUUGGACAAGGCUUCGGCGGGGAGCGUGGCCGCGGCGAUAAACGUUUUGCAGGCCUCAACAAUAUGCUCCAACAGUCUGGUGGUGGCGGCGGUGGUGAUCGGGGUGGGAACCCUCCUCCUGUUCGCGGAAGAGGCGCCAACCGUCCACCAAACACCAUGGAAUCACCAUCGUCUCAGCCUGCAAACCGACCCCCUAUGGGUCCUUCCGGACCCCAAGAAGAUCUAUCCCGCAACCGACCCAGCGGUGGCCGAGGUGGUGACUUAAUUGAUGAUGCCAUUCCCGAGGCGGGUCGCUCUGGACCAACUGGCGGUCGCAGCCGUGAAACAGAGCCUACUCGCGAGAAAGAGCCCGAGCGUCGUGAUGGCAGCGGCAGUGGUCGCAAUCGACGCGAUGGCCGUCGAAAUGAUCGCGAACGUAGCCGUCGAAGCGAUGUAGGAGGUGGAAGCCGUGACGAAAAGGGCACUGGUGAGCCCCGUGAGACCCUGCGUCGGGUUCAGAGCUCACGCGAAGAGCUGCGACGUCGAGACCGACGUGACCGCCCGGAUGGACCAUCUGAAGUGACUGGACCAACCCCUAGUACCAAUGAGACUCAUGAUACUGAAGGCCGUUUGCGACCUCCGUCCUCCAUGGAUGCACCGCCACCACCUCCUCCUCCUCCACCUCCCCCCAUGCCGGAAGGUAACGAGCGUCGUUUCAACUCAGGUGACCGGGGUGGCCGGUCCGACAAUCGGGACCGCGAGCGUGAGCGCCGUGGCGAUCGACGUGACCGGGAUCACCAGCGCGAGGGUGGCAGCAGCUCUGGAGGCUCCGGGCACCGUAAGCGUGGUCGACAGGGUCCUGACGACAACACUGAUGGUGGACGUGGCAUGAGAAUGGGAAAUGACAACAAGCGUCCUCGUCGAGGAGCGUAA